GGGCCCAUUAUAAAUCCUCCAUGUGCGAUUGUGCGGGUGAAAGAUCACUGUAUCAGGGGAGGACUCAGCAGCUCCCAACCAUAUCAGUUCCCCGUUGCCGAGAAACGCGCGCGAGCUGAGAAGAUGGACGCGUCGCCGUCGUCAUUUUCGUCAUCUUCGCCGGCGCCGGCUUCGAAAGUACACCUAGCUCUCGCAGCGUUCUUCGGCGCGUCGGUGAUGGCCAUCUCCGCCUUCUACAUCCACAAGCGCAGCGUCGACCAAGCUCUCGAUCGCAUAAUCAACCUCCUCCGCCGCCAGCCUCCGUUCCCAUCGGCGGAAUCUGUGCCGGAAUCCGGCUCGGAAACGGAAGAAGUAAUUGAUAUCUUAAAUGACAGGAAUUUCCACAGCCGUCAUAAUCUAUCGGAAACUGCUGCUGUUCAGAACGGCGUCGUUUACCAUUGUGGCGAUAAGGUGUUGAUGAAAUACAGAGUUUCAUCUUCUAUGCCUAACACCGGUCUUUCUAACCAGUGGAUUGACGGGGACGCGAAUUCCGAUGGGCCGUUGGAGGCCACUGAAAUGAUGGAGCUCAAUACGCCUGCACCGUCUGAUUUGCCCUCUCUAAGAAUGAAUCACCCAGAAGGAGAAAACCAAUACAAUGAUGGUUUUGAUACGAAGGUACAUGUUAAGUCUGCUGGUAGGCAAAUGACUCCAAAAACCUCUAUUUCAAACACAUUGGAGGGUGAUCUCCAUGAUGAAGAAGAUGAGUUCCUUCAAGAAGAUAUGGAAAUCAUUCAUGAUGAUGAUAUCAUUCCAAAUGUCCAAAAUAAAUUAAUCACUCAGUCUCAAGCAGAAAAUGGCAUUCAUCAUCAUGGUCAGCCACAUAAAACAGUUACAGAUGAAGGAAAACCCAAUGUUGACCAUCAUGAUAGAAAGGCGGAUUCAAGUCUAGGACACAUUAAGGCCACCAACCACAUCUUUAGUGGUAUCUUACCCCAGGUGACUACAACGAAUGAGACAAUUAACAUUGAAGAGGAAGAGGUUUUGAAGAUGAUCCGUGAAUGUUUAGAUUUGAGACAAAGGUAUAUUUUCAAAGAAAGUACUGUUCCAUGGAUGAGGGCAGCAGAUGGCGAACCAAAUGUAAAAACGAACCCGUUUCAAUUUGUUCCUUGUGAAGCAACUGGUCACUAUUUUAAGAUGGUUGAUGGAGUAGUUCGUGUUUAUGCUAGUGAAAAUGAUACUGAAGAACUUUUCCCUGUUGCAAAUUCAACAACGUUUUUCACUGACAUGCACUGUCUCCUAAAAGUGAUGGCUGCUGGCAGUGUCCGUUCUGCUUGCCAUCACAGGUUGCGAUUGCUGGAGGAGAAAUUUCGGCUCCAUUUGCUGGUAAAUGCUGAUAGGGAAUUUUUAGCACAAAAGAGUGCACCUCAUCGUGAUUUCUACAAUAUCAGAAAAGUUGAUACACAUGUACAUCAUUCUGCUUGUAUGAACCAGAAGCAUCUCCUCCGGUUCAUAAAGUUAAAACUAGAAAAAGAACCUGAUGAGGUUGUUAUAUUCCGUGAUGGGCGGUAUCUCACGCUAAAAGAAGUCUUUGAGAGUUUGGACUUAACAGGGCAUGAUCUUAACGUUGAUUUGCUGGAUGUUCACGCUGAUAAAAGUACAUUUCAUCGUUUUGACAAAUUUAACCUCAAAUAUAAUCCUUGUGGUCAAAGCAGACUCAGAGAGAUCUUUCUGAAGCAAGACAACCUUAUCCAAGGUCGUUUCCUAGGCGAAGUGACAAAGGAAGUCUUGUCAGAUCUCGAAGCAAGUAAAUACCAGAUGGCUGAAUAUAGGAUAUCGGUUUAUGGAAGGAAACAAAGUGAAUGGGAUCAAUUAGCUAGUUGGUUCGUAAACAAUUCGAUUUAUAGUGAGAAUGCUGUUUGGUUAAUUCAGUUACCACGUCUAUACAAUAUCUACAGAAGCAUGGGAACUGUUACAUCCUUCCAGAAUAUUUUGGAUAACUUAUUCAUUCCUCUAUUUGAAGUCACUGUCAACCCAAAUUCACAUCCUCAAUUGCACUUAUUCCUAAUGCAGGUUGUCGGUUUUGACAUUGUUGAUGAUGAAAGUAAACCGGAAAGACGACCUACUAAACACAUGCCAACCCCAACUGAAUGGACAAAUGAGUUUAAUCCUGCAUUUUCCUAUUAUGCGUACUACUGUUAUGCAAACUUGUACACGCUCAAUAAGCUUCGUGAAUCAAAAGGAUUCCCAACAAUAAGAUUUCGACCUCAUUGUGGGGAGGCAGGGGACAUUGACCAUUUAGCUGCUGGAUUUCUUUUGUGUCAUAACAUUGCACAUGGAAUCAAUUUGCGCAAAUCACCUGUCUUGCAGUAUCUGUUCUUUCUCGCUCAGAUUGGACUGGCAAUGUCUCCUCUAAGUAACAAUUCACUUUUCCUGGACUACCAUCGCAAUCCCUUCCUUAUGUUCUUCCACCGUGGGUUGAAUGUUUCACUUUCAACUGAUGAUCCUUUGCAAAUUCAUCUGACAAAAGAGCCCCUAGUGGAAGAAUACAGUGUUGCAGCUAAGGUUUGGAAGCUGAAUUCAUGUGACCUUUGUGAGAUAGCGAGGAAUUCUGUUUACCAGUCUGGAUUUUCUCAUGCUGACAAGUUGCAUUGGCUUGGGAACAAAUAUUUCAAGAGAGGCCCGGAAGGGAAUGACAUUCACAAGACAAAUGUACCAAACAUGAGGAUUUCCUUUAGACAUGAUACAUGGAUGGAGGAAAUGCUGUAUGUGUAUAGAGGUAAAGCCAGCAUUUGUGAAGAAAUAGAUUACUGAUUGAAGAAUGCCCCUGCACUUUACCAGUGUGGACAAGUUUACUGACAACACUUGUAGGCAUUUUCACCGCCACCAGUGGCAUCGGUGAAAAAGUGUUGGUA